AGGCGAUGGCGGCGGCGGGUCGGCUGGGCUGGUUGUUCGCCGCGCUCUGCCUGGGCAACGCCGCGGGGGAGGCGACGCCAGGUCUGCGAGUGCUGGGCUUCUGCCUGGAGGAGGACGGAGGAGCGGUGCGGGCCGCGCCGGAGGCCACCUUCCGCCUGAGCCUCUUCGGCUCCGGUUUCGCCAAUAGCUCUUGGACCUGGGUGGCCCCGAAGGGGUCGGGCUGCCCCGAGAGUGGGUCGACCGCGGCGCCCGAGGCGGCGGCGGGGGCGGCCCCCACGGACGAGUGGCGCGCGCUGCUGUGCCUGCGCUCCGAGACCGUGCGCCCGCACUCGGCGCUGCUAGCCGUGCGCGUGGAGCCGGGCGGCGGGGCGGCCGAGGAGGCGGCGCCGCCCUGGGCGCUGGGCUUGGGGGCGGCCGGGCUGCUGGCGCUGGCGGCGCUGGCGCGGGGCCUGCAGCUGAGCGCGCUGGCGCUGGCGCCGGCCGAGGUGCAGGUGCUUCGCGAGAGCGGCUCGGAGGCGGAGCGUGCGGCGGCGCGGCGACUGGAGCCCGCGCGGCGCUGGGCCGGCUGCGCCCUGGGCGCGCUGCUGCUGCUGGCCAGCCUGGCGCAGGCGGCGCUGGCGGUGCUGCUGUACCGCGCGGCCGGCCAGCGCGCCGUGCCCGCCGUGCUGGGCUGCGCGGGGCUGGUGUUCCUGGUGGGCGAGGUGCUGCCGGCCGCCGUGAGCGGGCGCUGGGCGCUGGCGCUGGCGCCGCGCGCGCUCGGCCUCAGCCGCCUGGCGGUGCUGCUCACCUUGCCGGUGGCGCUGCCCGUGGGGCAGCUGCUGGAGUUGGCGGCGCGCCCCGGGCGGCUGCGCGAGCGCAUUCUGGAGCUGGCGCGCGGCGGCGGCGACCCCUACAGCGACCUGAGCAAGGGCGUGCUGCGCUACCGGACGGUGGAGGACGUGCUCACGCCGCUCGAGGACUGCUUCAUGCUGGACGCCAGCGCCGUGCUGGACUUCGGCGUCCUGGCCAGCAUCAUGCAGAGCGGCCACACGCGCAUCCCCGUGUACGAGGAGGAGCGCUCCAACAUCGUGGACAUGCUCUACCUCAAGGACUUGGCCUUCGUGGACCCGGAAGACUGCACGCCUCUGAGCACCAUCACGCGGUUCUACAACCACCCGCUGCACUUCGUCUUCAACGACACCAAGCUGGACGCCGUCCUGGAGGAGUUCAAGCGAGGGAAGUCCCACCUGGCCAUCGUGCAGAGGGUGAACAACGAGGGGGAGGGGGACCCCUUCUACGAGGUCCUGGGCCUGGUCACCCUGGAGGACGUCAUCGAGGAGAUCAUCAAGUCCGAGAUCCUGGACGAAUCGGAAGACUACCGGGAGACCCUGGCGAGGAAGAGGCCGGCUUCUCUGAGUGCCCCUCUCAAGCGGAAGGAGGAAUUCUCCUUGUUCAAGGUGUCUGAUGAUGAAUAUAAAGUCAAAAUCUCCCCUCAGCUGCUCCUGGCUACCCAGCGCUUCCUUUCCCGAGAGGUGGAUGUGUUCAGCCCGCUGCGGGUCUCCGAGAAAGUCCUGCUGCACCUGCUGAAGCACCCCAGUGUCAACCAGGAAGUGCGGUUUGACGAGAGCAACCGCCUGGCUGCACACCACUACCUGUACCAGCGCAGCCGGCCGGUGGACUACUUCAUUCUCAUCCUGCAGGGCAGAGUUGAGGUGGAGAUUGGGAAAGAGGGCCUGAAGUUCGAAAAUGGGGCCUUCACCUACUAUGGAGUGUCUGCCCUGACGGCGCCGUCCUCGGUUCACCAGUCCCCGGUGUCCUCGCGCUCACCUGCCUGCCGUGACCUGCAGCCCGAGCCAGCUGAUGGCACUCGCUCUUCUACGUAUUGCCCUGACUACACCGUGAGGGCCCUAUCUGAUCUGCAGCUCAUCAAGGUUACACGGCUGCAGUACCUCAAUGCACUCCUGGCUACCCGAGCCCAGAGCCUGCCACCGUCCCCUGAGAGCGCCAACCUCCAGGUCGUGCCGGGCAGCCAGACCAGGCUCCUCGUGGAGAAGACUGCUGCAGCCGGGUCCAACCACAGCAGGCCCAGCGUCCCAGUGGAGGAGAGCCCUGGGCGGAACCCAGGAGUUUAACUGCUUGCCAGGCAGCCCCGAGCUGGGGAACGGACAAGCACAUGGGAGCUGGCGGGAGCCGAGAAGUCCCCACCCCCUGCAGGCCACGUUGUAGAUGGCCCUUACCGGUGUGGGUCCUGGGCCGCCGCAACCAGACGGCAGUGCCAGGAGCCGUCAGCACGCCCUGCUGUCCUGUAGGAGAUGGGGGUCAGCUGGGGCGUAGCCCUCCGGGCCUGCUUCUGGAAGCAGUGAAAGGAGCAGCAUCAUCUCUAGUCCCCUCUCCCCGCUGGCUGUGGGGACAGCGCAGUGUGUCUAUACCUCUCCGGGCGCAGCCGCGACGUGAGUGCACAGUCCCUGCCUUCUUGGCUGUGACCUGUCCUUUGCUGUUCAUUUGCCAACCUUUCGCUGCUGGCAGCACUGUGAGCACCAGUGUUGACUGGGGGUGCAGACCCGCGGCCUUGUCCAGGCUGUACUUCCUGGCUUCCCUGAACAGUGCCAUGUUGGAGUGCACACUCCCCAGCCUGUCCCGUGUGCACGAGCCCCACGAGUGUGUCCCUCUGGUCCUGCUCCCUCCUGUGGAGGUUCUCGGCCCGCUGGCAGAGGCUUGCCCGGCACAGCUCUGCUGCCUGCUUGCUGUGCCUAGUUGCCGUGAACGGUAUUGUCAGUUUCUGUGUUUCCAGGAGAGAGCACGCACGGCAGGAAGGGGUCUUUAUGCUGCAUCGAAUCCUUUCUUUAGCGGCUGGCAGGGGAGAGGAGCCACCUGGUGCACCUUUCUCAGGCCUCCUGGGAGCAGGGUGUGGCUGUGAGGUGCAGGGUGUUGGCGGAAAGGAUCGUCCGAGUCGGGGCGUCCUUAUCACCACUCUUGAAAGGAAAAAAAAGCUGCACGUUUUCCUUGUGUCUCUGAAACAAAAGUUCCUUGCACUUUUCUGUCUGAGAAGUGAGAGUAAGAA